AAGCCGUGGGGACAGGAAGACGGUGUCGGUGCUUCGGUUGCAGUCUCCUUGACUAGGUACUGUGACGCGGCCCUGCCACUUCGUUUACGGUUUUUUGACAUCCUUUUUAAAAAUCAACCGACCCGUUUCUCACGUAGACUGAAAUAAAAUACCCACAAACGGAGAUGUCAAAACCACUGACAGACCAGGAAAAGAGGAAGCAGAUUUCCGUGCGAGGGCUGGCCGGGGUGGAAAAUGUGGCGGAUCUCAAAACCAAUUUCAAUCGCCACCUCCACUUCACGCUGGUCAAGGAUCGAAAUGUGGCGACCAAACGGGAUUACUAUUUCGCCCUGGCCAACACCGUGCGCGAUCAUCUCGUGGGCCGCUGGAUCAGAACGCAGCAGCAUUACUACGAGAAAGAUCCCAAACGUGUGUACUAUCUGUCCCUGGAGUUCUACAUGGGCCGCACCCUGCAGAAUACCAUGGUGAACCUGGGCUUGGAGAAUGCCUGCGAUGAAGCCACCUAUCAGUUGGGGUUGGACAUGGAGGAGCUGCAGGACAUGGAGGAAGAUGCUGGCCUCGGGAACGGCGGUCUGGGACGUCUUGCCGCGUGCUUCCUGGACUCCAUGGCUACCCUCGGAUUGGCUGCCUACGGCUACGGUAUCCGCUACGAGUUCGGCAUCUUCAACCAGAGACUCGUCAAUGGCUGGCAGGUGGAGGAGGCGGAUGAUUGGCUGCGCUAUGGAAACCCCUGGGAGAAGGCCCGCCCUGAGUACAUGCGCCCCGUUCACUUCUACGGCCGAGUGGAGCACCAUGCCGACGGAGUGAAGUGGGUGGACACUCAGGUUGUCUUGGCGUUGCCAUACGACACGCCCGUCCCAGGGUACAAGAACAACGUUGUAAACACCAUGAGACUGUGGUCUGCCAAGGCUCCCUGUGAAUUCAAUCUGAAAGACUUCAACGUCGGCGGCUACAUUCAGGCUGUGCUAGACAGGAACCUGGCGGAGAACAUAUCCCGUGUGCUGUACCCCAAUGACAACUUCUUUGAAGGGAAGGAGCUUCGUCUGAAGCAGGAGUACUUUGUGGUGGCCGCCACUCUCCAGGACAUCAUCCGUCGUUUUAAGUCGUCCAAGUUCGGCUCCACGGAAGUCGUGCGCACUGACUUCACCUCCUUACCUGACAAGGUGGCGAUACAGCUGAACGACACCCACCCCGCCAUGGCCAUUCCUGAGCUUCUGAGGAUACUCAUCGAUGAGGAGAAGCUGACCUGGGAAAAGGCCUGGGACAUCUGCGUGCGCACUUGCGCCUACACCAACCACACCGUUCUCCCCGAAGCCCUGGAGCGCUGGCCCCUCGACCUGUUCCAGAACCUGCUGCCCCGCCACCUGGAGAUCAUCUUCGAAAUCAACCGUCGCCACCUAGAGCGCAUCGCGGCGAAGUUCCCGGACGACUUGGACCGCCUGCGGCGCAUGUCCCUGAUCGAGGAAGGCGGGCAGAAGAAGAUCAACAUGGCGCACCUGUGCAUCGUGGGUUCCCAUGUCGUGAACGGAGUGGCCCGCAUUCACUCCGACAUAAUCAAAAACACCGUGUUCAAAGACUUUUACGAUGUCGACCCCCAAAAGUUCCAGAACAAGACCAACGGUAUCACCCCUCGUCGCUGGCUGGUCAUGUGCAACCCUGGCCUGGCUGAGGUCAUCGCAGAGAGGAUCGGAGAGGACUACAUGCGUGAUUUGGACCAGCUGAAGAAGCUCCUGAGGUUUGAGGAUGAUGACGCUUUAAUCCGAGACAUUGCCAAAAUCAAGCAGGAGAACAAGCUGAAGUUUGCAGCUCACCUGGAGGAGCACUACAAGGUGAAAAUAAACCCAGAGUCCAUGUUUGAUGUGCAAGUCAAGAGAAUCCACGAGUACAAGAGACAACUGCUGAACUGUCUCCACAUCAUCACCCUCUAUAACCGCAUCAAGAAGGAUCCCAAAAAGGCUUGGACCCCCAGAACCAUUAUGAUUGGAGGAAAGGCUGCCCCUGGUUACCACACUGCCAAGAUGAUCAUCAGGCUCAUUACUGCCAUCGGAGACAUUGUCAACCACGACCCUGUGGUGGGCGACCGUCUCAAAGUCAUCUUCCUGGAAAACUACAGGGUCACCCUGGCUGAGAAAGUGAUCCCAGCGGCCGACCUCUCGGAGCAGAUCUCCACGGCGGGCACGGAGGCCUCCGGCACCGGCAACAUGAAGUUCAUGCUGAACGGCGCCCUCACCAUCGGCACCAUGGACGGCGCCAACGUGGAGAUGGCAGAGGAGGCCGGAGAGGACAACCUCUUCAUCUUCGGCAUGAGGGUGGAAGACGUGGAGGCCAUGGACAAGAAGGGAUAUGAUGCCAGUGAGUACUACAACCGUAUCCCUGAGCUGAAGCAGGCCAUUGACCAGAUCUCAGGAGGGUUCUACAGUCCCAACCAACCGGACCUCUUCAAAGACAUUGUCAACAUGCUGAUGAACCAUGACAGGUUCAAGGUGUUUGCAGAUUAUGAAGACUACAUCAAAUGUCAGGACAAAGUCAGUGCUCUGUAUAAGAACACUAAGGCGUGGACCAAGAAGGUGAUCCAUAACAUUGCCGGGAGUGGUAAAUUCUCCAGUGACCGCACCAUUGCCCAGUACGCACGGGAGAUAUGGGGGAUGGAGCCCAGUCUCGCUAAAAUUGCUGCCCCAGAUGACCCCCGUUAAAUGACCCCCCCCCCCCAAAUUCCAAGGCGCCGUUUGGGAAAAUUAAUCAUAGAGGCAAAACACAGAUUUUCAAAACUGGGCGUCCUUCUCUCUCUUUCCCACUCUCCCUUAGAUUUUGAUUGUGACAAAUGUGAUAGUCUUUCCAUAGCUCCUGAGUAAGAUAUGUGUUCCCUUCCUUGCUGGUUGACACCCUCAGUGAUAUGGCUACUCUAUUUCCAGUCAUGCCCACAGGCAAACUAUUUACCAGUAUUCAAUCACGAACGUCCUGCCAAUAUCAAUUAAGCCUAUCCGGUUGUGCAGCAUUGAAUCUGUGUUGUUUCACUGUUAUUUGACCAACAAUACCUACAGUACGUUCGUCAGAAGCACCACACAGCUAACACAGAACGUCCUCACAAUGUUGCUGCCGUGUUGUGGCAAUGUUAUAACGCUGACGAAACAUUCCAGUUGCAUUGUGGGGACAUUUUGUGUUGGCUGGGCAGCUACUGAUGCCGCAAUGCAGCCAGAGAAGAACAGCCCUGUUACCGUCAGUUUAGUUGUCAUGCCACCCUUAAUACCUGCAGAUCAGAAAGCUGUCGGUUUGACAUUAUGUCUUCCAAAUCAGAAAGCUGUGUGAAGCGACCUUGAGUAUGACAAAGGCGCUAUACAAAUAACUUAUUAUUAUUAUUAUUAUCAUCCCUUUAAAAGGACAGGAUAAAUGGUUGUGUGAUACAUUUUAGGAGAUAUGCGCAUAUUUUAUCUGUGCUGUGAAGUGACACUGCAGGUCUGGCUUUGACUGAACACGCUGUCCACAUCCACAAACUACGGUAGAUCUGUCAGGUUUGAGUGUUCAUAAAUUUUUGGGUGCAGGCAGGAGACAAAUCUGUCGACACAUUCUCUGAAUAUUACAGAACCAGGUCAUGUUUGUGUUUGGAAUCUUUUUACAAUUGUUUCUUUCUCAGUUCACUGUCAAAAAAAGGUCAUGUCUUGCACUUUAUUAUUAUUAUUAUUAUUAUUAUUAUUGUUUUGGUCUUUAAACCUUUUCGACAAAGAGCUAUAAUCCUCCUCUCCAGCUUAUGUGUGAAAUCAAGCAAAUAUACUGUCAAGACCUCAGUCAUGGAAACGACCAUUGUCCCUCAUCUAGAUUGUCUUCGUGUCGUGACUCAGGCUGUACUGUACUUUUUCCAUUCUACCUUGACCUACUUCACUGAACACCGUUGAACACCAGUGACAGGAAUUGCCUUAACAGUGUCUGUGUGUGCGGUAAAAGCGCAUGAGUUCAUGUGUGCUUGUAUCCAUCUCCACCGCUGUUCUUACCCCCCCCCCACCCCCCCACCCCCACCCCCCCAAGUCAAACGGAGAAAAUGGCAUGCCUUACGCUGCCAUUUCCCGUUAGUUGUUGUACUACACUAAAAGCAUGACUUUUUACUAGAGUAUCAUUCAGCUGUGUCCUGAAGGCUGUCGGGCUCAUUGUGACUGUAAAAACUGCAUGUAAUCUUCAGGAUUCGGCACGGCGGAGGUUGAGGAUGACAUGCGCGUACCUGCUUUUGACCUGCGUCGUUAGAGGUAGAGGCUUUAGAGAUAAAUUAUUGUCCCUGCGUCUAGGCAAGGAAAGCUAGUGAAAGAACUCUCACCUCCCACUCCAACCCUAUUGUCUUAUGUCCAUGUCAGUAAACGGAAGCCAAUAAACAAGACGCACUCAAGAAAA